AUGGCUGAUCUACAGGGCGUUGUUUCUGAUGCGAUGCGACUGGAGCGAAAUGGGCAGGCGAGCCAGAGCAACUCGCCGCGCAUCGCUCCAGCACAUGCGUCCCUUCCUCCGUCUGCGCCCUAUGAGCCUGCACCUCCUCUUCCACAGUCAGCCGUUCCCCCUCCCCCAGCUCCCUCUGCAUCUGCCGUUGCUCAUGGGAACCAGAUGCGCCUGCCGUGGGUUCCUCCUGUGGCGGGUAUGGAGUUUGUGACCGCGGCUGGAGGACCAGUGACGGGGCAGUAUCCCUCCCUACUAUCUGUUGCUCCUGCUCCUCCGGCUACAUCGGUGCCAAUACAGUCACUGGUGGGGCCCUCUUUGUCAGCCGUGGUGCCGGAGGCGUCGCUGGGGCAGCUCUGGCGCCUCUCUGAGGGCCCCGGGGACGAGUGCCUGGAUGCCGCGGAUCGGCUGGCCGAGCUCCUGGCGCCCGUGUUGGCUGCGCCCGCGCGGGGUGGAGUUGCGGGCGUUGGACAGCUGGGAACGGCGGUCCGUGGUUUGCGCCGGUUUUUGCGCGCGGGCUCUGCCGUCGACUUGAUCGGCGCAACGACAGUGGUGGUGCGCGAGCUUCAUCGUUCUCUGACGGUUCUUCUCGCUGUCCUUGACGCGGAUCAGAUGUAG